CAGGGGUACGAGUAGUACGUACCGAACGAGURUAGMAGUACCAGUACUGCGUACUGAAAGGCAGUGCUUGGAGUUUGGUGAAGGAAGCAAGAGGAAAAGAGUUGUAYCGAUAUUGCUUUCGAAUGACAAUGACACCUUUCAUUCGUUCUAAUACCAGCAAAUCCUUGCACUACAGCUUCCUUUCUUCAAGCCAAACCCAUCAGCCUGCGAGUUCGGUUCCGACGCCACUUCAACAGUACCUUCAACAGAAACCUAGCUUUGUGCAGCAGAAGUGAAGACCGGGUCAUGGCAGUUUCGAAUCGAAAACCGAGGGACGGAGCAGCUGGUAGCAGAGCAAGAACGAAGAUCUCGAGCAAGAGGGGAACAACACCCCCACGACUCAGGCGACGCAGAAUUCGCAGAAAUGUCUGCCGGAGAUUCAAAGCGGUUGCCGCAACGGUGAUGUCAGUUCUGCUGUUGCUGUGGAUUGCGUUCUUUUGGGGGGUUUCCUCUGGUUACUUCGGCUCGUGGAUUCGGAUGCCGAUGGGGUCGGGAAAAGAUUUUCCGCUUUCCCCCCAUAUCUCGAAUCCAAAGCCGAUCCCCAGCGGUGUCAACGACCAUGAUUCUUUUGCGAUGAACACAAAUGCUUACCAGUCUCCGCUGCUCAUCAUAACCUGCAAGAGGCCGAACUAUUUGAACAGAACCCUCGAACACGUCUUGGCCACGAUACCACAACCGUGUGGGUUCGGAUGUCCUGUGGUUGUAUCGGAAGACGGGGAUCGCAAGGAGAACGAAGAGCUCCUGUUCUCCUUCCGGGAAAGAUUCAAAGCAAAGGGGAUACCACUACUGCAUAUCCAUCACAAAGAGAAAAAAAAUUUGAGGCAAGCCAACUCCUACGUCAAACUAGCGAGACACUUUGGAUGGGCCAUCUCUAGCGUUUUCGACGGAACCGCUCUUUCUUCAGACGCACUCCCCGAACGAAUCAUGAUACUGGAAGAAGAUAUCGAGGUCGCACCUGACUUUUUCUCGUACAUGGAGUCGACGAGCACGCUCCUCGAUACCGAUCCAACACUCCUUGCCGUGUCGGCGUUCAACGACAAUGGGCAUUUGAAGUACGGCGAUCCAAAACGACUCCUGCGAUCGGAUUUCUUCCCUGGGCUGGGAUGGAUGAUGACGAGAAAUCUCUGGACGGAAGAGUUGCAAUCGAAGUGGCCGUAUAAGAAUGGGUACUGGGACGACUGGCUGCGGGAAACGGAACAGCGGAAGAAUCGGCAGAUCAUCCGGCCCGAAGUAAGCCGGACCUAUCACUUUGGUUCCAAGGGAGGCGCUAGUCAGAAUGAGUUCGGCAACAUCCUGGAGCGCGUCAAAAUUAACAAAGAUCCAAUCCGAUGGGAGCGAGAAAAUCUUUCCUAUCUGGAAAGCUCGGCAUUCGAAGCCGAGUACGAGAGGCUGGUAAGCAGCAGUAAAUUGGUAAAAACAGUCAAAGAUGCAAAGGAAGUUGUUGAAGACUUGAAUGCGAGAAUCGAAUACGAAGACUUCUCUGACUUCCAGUUACUCGCAAAGGAGCUUGGUAUAAUGGAUGACGAAAAGGCCGCUGUCCCUCGCACUGCCUACAGGGGAAUAGUAGAGGUGCGGGUCGGAACGAAUCUACUGUUUUUGACGCAAAAGGGAGAAUUUAAUGGCUACAAACCAGUUUUAUUGCGAGGUAAAUACAAACCUAAAAAUUAAGAUCGGAAGUCUGGGUUCUGUCUUCGUCGAAGCAUAUUAACGGUCAGAAAACCAAUUCGGAGAGCUCUUUCGGCAUCACCACGAAAGCAUUGUUACUGGUUCCUGCAUCGAAGGCAACAGGUCGCUUCGCUUCGAUCUCAUCCUGUUCAGCAUCAUGGAUUUUGUGCUCUUUACGUGCCUGUUCAUGUAUGGAAGAAAGUUCACAAGUAAAUCGACUGCCUUGAGACGCCGUUCAUGCGAUGCCGCGCUAGAUGGGAAAAAUGUGAACGAAAGGAAGCCAACUGGUGGCGGCAUAAAUUGAUUGUCAUCGGUAUUGCUCAUGAUGUUUUGCAGUUCCUUGGUUGCUUGGUUUGGUCGUCGGUAUUCGCAGUGAGGAGUCAAAGGUAUCUUGCGUUGGAUCACUUCAAAUUGUUGAAGAAACAAUCUAGCCAAGCAUCGUUCCAUCUCCUCUUCGAACGAAACAACGAAGACUACCAUUACCCUUGCAACGAAAGAGGAAAUAUUUGAAGAAAAAUUGAAUUAAUUCGAAGUGCACACCAUCAAAGUUUCGUAGCGCGUUCACAAAGUCGGAAUAUAGUUUAUUGAAAUGU